AUGGAUUCAGUAUUCAGCCAAACGGGCAUAUCUGGUUCCUGUUUCAAACAACGCUUGGAGAACGGUAAAUGUGUGGGUCUGCUAGUCCGUGUGAACACACAGACCGAAUGUUGUGCUCGUGGUGGAUACUUUCUGAAUCGUAUGCUCACACAACGGGAAUAUCUGAAUGAUCAUCUGAUUUUCGAACUUGGUACACCAAAUUGUGUGGACGCUUGUACGGAGGCCGGGAUCAACAUUGCAGCGGAACUAUCGGGUGGGGUAGCAGUACAAAAACCUACUUGUGAAGGUUACUACUGUCCGGAAGGUUACUUUUGCCGUUUGGUUUCCGGACAACCGUCAUGCCACUGUCAUCCUCAGUGUGAACUGACCGACUAUUUGUCCGGUCCGAUAUGUACAUCAAAUCUACGUCGGUUCACCGAUCGUUGUCAGUUGAAAAAAACCUACUGUGAUUCACCGAAUCAGGUGUUCGAGAUUGUUCCAUGCCCAAAUGCUGAGGAACUGUUUUGUUCCCGAUCCAGUCGUUUGGUGGAUGCGGGUCAGGUGGCCUCGUGGAUUGACAAUGGCGCCUCUACUUGGAGCGAACGUCAACGAUGUCGUCGACCGACGUGGCUCCUUCGACGCCUGAUUGAGAUACGAAAACGUGGCGGUUCCUUGUGGUUAGGAGAAGAUCAGUUACCUUUGGAACGCCAGGGUGCCACACCUCAUCGAACGGAUGCAAUCGCAUAA